AUGCACAGCCCAGACAUCGGCUCUCUUCCGACUCCCGAGCAAGUCUCGCUUCCUCCUUUCCCGACUCCCCUCCCUCCCUCCCUCAACAUGGACUCCCCUCGUCGUCUUUCGACGUCGAGCUCCUCCGGAUCGUCUAACCAAUCCGAAUCGUCUCCAAUCCUUUCGAAUUUCAAUUCCUCUACAUCCCUAAUCUUGGUCCACGACGACGACGACGAGGAACUGUCCUCUCCGUUCCAAUUCCACGAUGAGGACGACGAUGCGCCUGAAAGCCCGGACUUCGAGAUUCGCCGGGCCUACAGCCCGCCGAUGUCCGCCUCUCUCGUCUUCUUGUACCUACUAUCGCCAUAUCUCAAACUGGGGGCCAUAUUCCUGCCGAACACCCUGCUGCCGCUGAAACUAGGGCUGCCUGCGCUCUUCGUCUUUGCCAUUCUUUCAGCUUUUUCACGGCAGAUCUGGUACAUGCUCGCCCGAUACACUCGCAAGGCCGAUCUUGAAGAUGUCAUCUUGAGUGCGUUUGCGAGCGGCCGGGGCAGAGAGAUGCUGCGACGCUGGCUGAGAUCGGUGGUUCGUGGGGGCACGGGACUUUUGAGAGUGCUUCUAGCGGUCAUAUAUCUUCGUGAAUCUGUGCACAUUCUUACACCGUUGAUUCCGGCAGAAAAACUGCCUUUCAUUUCGCCUCCGGUCUUGACUGUAUUGUUCUCUCUGCUGCUCGUGCCCUUCGCUUCCGCUGAGACUUUACUGUCGAAACACGUGAUAUACGCUACCUCGGGCUCACUGGUCACCUAUUUCAUUUGGUUCUGUUGCGUGUCUAUUUCUCAUGCGCAUGGGACUCUCGAAAUGAGUCCGGGCUGGCUGCGGAUGGGAGCAUUGUGGCAGGGCAUCACUCUCACUGCCUUUGUCUUCACCUCAUCUUCCACGCUGCCUCUGUACGCUUCACUGAAAGCUGGUACUCACCACUCUGGACUUUCCAAGAGUCCCGCUCGUUCCUUCCGCACACUCUCCAUCAUCUCUGUAGUUAUAUCUCUAUGCUUUACCACACCGUUGGUGUUCUACACUGCACACUCCAAGACGGUCUUUCUCAAGGAUCCAUCACUCGUCGACUUGCGACCUGCGAUCGCGGUGCUCAACGCUUUAACACUACUAUUGGGUAUUCCUUCGAUACUGGUGACCACUCCUUCCUUGCCAAUUCCAGAAAGGAUCCAUCGGAGUACGAACAUCCCGCUCUCUAAGUAUCUUAUCUUCGCCCUGGUAUUCGCGUUGUCCCUCGUCCCGACACGGAUAGCACGCAUCCUCAGCGAUGUGCUGAUCGCAUGUGCCUGCGCGGGGACAUUCUUCCUCCCAGCCCUCAUCCACAUCACCACACACUUUUUCCAACGGCCGCUGAGCAUUGUCAUGCCGGCGAUGCCCUCCGCGCCGAAUUCACAGCAGCCGUCCCGACCGUCGUCGAUGGACGAGCUUCUGCAACGUAAAGAGCGUGCGCUUCAAAAGCGGCAGUUCCGGAAACGCGUUAUCUGGGAUAUCGGGGUCUGGACUCUGUUGUUGCCUGUGGGCGGCGGUGGAUUCAUGUGGGGUGCUGGUCACCUUUUUGGCAAGUGGUAGAUUGUGGACACGGACUAGCAAUCGUAAUGUAUCUGUUUUUGUAUCCCCCAACGCUCCUUGUCUACGCGGAACACUGCUAUC